CGGCUGUAGCAUUAGUGUUUUGGGCCGCGAUGAGCACUGGGAAGACUACAAGCAGAUAUUAGAAAGAAACUCUAGAAUACAGCUGGCCUAAAAAAAUGAUGUGAGAUUACAGCGUGGUGAAGACUUACAAGCUACCAGCGCAGCCAGGGCGCCAAAGCGUGCGCGCAGACUCAACAUGACGACGCAGCGCGUGCCAAACUUCAGUAAUCGAGCAGAGAAAGAGGCAAGAACAGGAACAGCAGGAGUAACAAGAACAACAACAAAACAACAGCAACACGUCAACGACAGUACCACAGCUUUACCACAGCGUCCUGCGGCGCUAUCCACACCUUAUACCUACCUGCACCACAUCACCGCCAACACACAACCCUCACUUCAGCAUGAAACAAGCCCCAACCCAGUCGCCGUAGAUGAACCAGCCAGCGCUUCCGAGCAGACGACUGUUCGUUUCGGCCUUGCAUGUCUCACGGCAGCAACACAUGUGUGCAUCCUACCAAUAAGCACGCCUGCUCAACUCGUGUACCGCAAAAGGUGGGCGCUUAAUCGUCAGUCAGGGGUUUCACAAUGCGUAACGAGGCGCCAACCACAGACGUGCCAACUAUUAUAAUAUAAAGAUGCGCUUUAGCGCUGUUCAUGCGGAUUAGCGGGGCCCUGGGAUGGGAU